GUGCAAUUGCUACACGGUAUUGACUCUGGAUACGUUGGUUUAGUGCAUUGUGUUUCUUGGGCAGGAGAUCAACUAUCAACUUAAUUGCCCUCUGUCUGAUACAGAAUAGUUUAUGAUUUCAAUAAGAGUCGUGUAUACUCUUCAUGGUUGUUUAGAUGAUUUAAGGACGCGCGAGCCGUAUUAGCUAACAUUCAAAUUAUCUAAUUAAUGCAGUUAGCUACUUUGCUAACGUUAGUUCAUUUGGGUUCAUUUCAGCUGGGUAUGUUGGGUCCUGAACUGAAAAGGUGCUUCUAACUGACUUACAAAAGGAACAAUAUCAACUAAAUAUCAAUAACAAGCGAUAUUUGGUGUCUGUUUACUCCAGUGCAUUUCACAUUUUAUACUAGCCCUACACUAAACUGCAAAAAUGACUUUGGCAAACAGCCGAGAGCAGCGAAAAACAGCGGGCAAUCGCAUGUCAACGUUACUGACUGCAGAGGAAGAAGAUGAUUUCUACAAGACAACAUACGGAGGUUUUAACGAAGAAUCGGGCGAUGACGAGUAUAAAGGAGAUCAUUCGGACACUGAAGAUGAAGUGGACAGUGAUUUUGAUAUCGAUGAAGGGGAUGAGCCGGACAGCGACCAAGAGGAUGACGCGCCGAAAAGAAAGAGUCGGGUCGUCACAAAAGCUUAUAAGGAGCCAGUUAAAGUGGCUAAACCCAAGCCAAAGAAGCCCUCAGUUGAACAGAAGAAAAUAGAGCGAGUGAAGACCCCUCAGAAACGCACAGCUCAGGUCUUCCAGGACUUUGCUGAAAUGCGUAAAUCGGUGCGUCAAUCAACCAGUGAGCACACACGCAAAACCAACAUGCGACUGCAGUUACGACAAGAGGCCCCUAGAAGGCGACGUGGGGCCCACCAGGAUCGACCACUCACCCAGGAGGAGCUUUUGGCGGAGGCCAAGAUCACAGCUGAGGUCAAUGUCAGAUCACUUGAGAACUAUGAGCGUCUGGAGGCAGAUAAAAAGAAGCAAGUUCACAAGAAGCGACGCUUUGAUGGGCCAACUAUCCGCUACCAUUCAGUCCUCAUGCCCCUUCUGUCUGACUCACUCCUCAAGGAAGAGAAUGUGGACGUAGAGGGGUUAGAUCAGGAUGCUCCUCAAGCUUCCUCCUCCUCAGCUCCUUGUUCCUCCUCCUCGGCCUCCCAGGGUUCCUCAGGGGCAGCAGCAGGACUGUGCUCACGCACCUACAUCACCUUCAGUGAUGAAGAUUCCAUGUCUAUGAUGUUUCCUGCAGCAACAAGGGGCUCUGGCCCCCAGCUCCCAGUGCAGGAGGUGUGUCCUGUGACGCACAAGCCAGCACUGUACCGCGAUCCUGUCACGGACAUCCCCUACGCUAACGCCCGAGCCUUCCGCAUCAUCAGAGAGGCCUACCGCAAGUACGUCGCUGCCCAUGGCUUCCCCUCCACAGAUGUGGUAGGGGGUGGUGCCACCAGCAGUGGUGCAGUAGACGGAUCUGCCGCUUCAACUGUCGCCACCUCUAAGGGCAUGUGCCAGAAGACGCUGGUUAAACAAACAGUGGUCACCACAUAACAUGGACGAGAGAUUAUGGUUUAUAUGGCUUGUUGGCAGUACCAGGAGUGGUUGGUCAGUUCACUGCUCAGAUUUCCACCCAAGCAUCACUCCUUUUAUGACAUUGUAGGAGAAGAGUUCUGCUAGGUCUUGGUGAUGAUGGAGGGACUUCAGUGAGAUCUGAAAUAGUUUGGGUAUUGAAAGUGAACAUGAAUCAAACCGAAACAGAAAACACCGCAGUGAUGAGAGAAACGUUUUGUUACAUAUCAAGGUCUAUGUGUGUAACGGUGUGUGCUGAUAACCUGUGGAUGUAUGACAACUUCAACUGCCCCUGCUGAUUUUUUAUUUUAUUUUUUAUGUUUAAUUAUUCUUUUUUUUUCCCUGCAUUGAAUCAAAGAUGAUUUAAUCUUGAUUUUCUACUUGUGUCCCUUUAAAUCCCACAUAAAGGUUUGCAGUGAAAGAUAGUCACUCUGCAGGUCUUGACACUAGUCCUAAAAAAUAGUAUGUUUUUUUUUUUUCAGCAGUUUUGUGACCAAAUUUUGUGGUAUCAAAUAAAUAUUUUCUUUUGCUUUGUUAUUAUGUAUGUUUGUUCACUGUACAAACCAAAAGGGUGUUAAAGUUAAAGGGUCUACGCUCCACGCAAAAUAAAAUAAAUAAAUAAAA